AUGGCUUAUGGGGAAUGAGUGAUGUUCUAUUCACGAUUUCUGGGUUGCCCAGGUAGUCCUUAAUUGUGCGAUGAAUUUGGUGCCCCCACUACAAAUCAAGAUAUCCGCAUGGCGUCCCGAUGAUCUCCGUUCAGGCGUCCUUGGGCGGAAAUGGAUGCUUCUAAUUGGGAUAUUAUGGCUGGCUGAGCUUAUAGUUCCUUUAAUAAAGGGAGAUAGAAGGCGCGGUAUAGGAGGGGUAUUUUCGAAUAUCCUCUUCCUUGUUGCCACCAUGCCUUCCUCUCCCAUACCUUCCUAUUGCACAUAUUUCGCUUUGCUGGGGAUAUUCUGCGAUUGGCAUUUACGAUCGUCACGGCUGGUUUUCCUUUGCAUGCGGAAUGAUACCCAUCUGGUGGAUGGCCUUAAGCCUUAUGUACACUCAAUGGGAUAGUUUUCUUACGUCUGUUUUUCAACGAGCUUCGGACUGUGAAUGGUUGAAUGUGCUAUGUCAAUGUAGGAAUUUGUAGGCCGGAAUUGAAUCUUUAGGCGUCAUGGUGGAGUAAGAUGCUCAACCGGCUAGGGUCCUAAUGAUAAUGGGUGAGACAUUGGGACAGGUGGCUGGCGUAGUUUCGGGUGUAUGGCCCUAGGAUCUCCGACGAUUGGAUCAGAAAACCCGAUACCAUAGGUAGUCUUUUUUAAUCAUCAACCUA